AUGCCAGAAAUGGAAAUGCAGCUGUAUAGAUGGUUCCUUGACCAACGAGAAAGAAAUAUGCCGAUUUCUGGAGAAAUGAUCAAACAGAAAGCCUUGAAUUUAUGUGCAAGUUUGAAUAUCUCUGAAUUUAAAGCAAGCGAUGGAUGGCUCCAGCGCUUCAAAGAACGUUAUGGUGUAAGAUUCUUGAAAAUAACAGGGGAGAAACUCUCGAGUCAGCCAAAAUUCAUUGCUGCUUUUAAAGAAAGAUUGGAGAGAGUCAUUCAAGAACAUGAAUUUAACGAACAUCAGAUAUACAACGCUGAUGAAGAUUUUACUGGCGAUUACUACCAGAUAAAACAGGUUCGAAACUUCCUGAGAACUCAAAAUCUUUCUGAGAAAGCGCUGCUUCUUUUAGACAAUGCACCCUCCCAUCCAUCGGCUGAGGAAUUGAAAACCAGUGAUGGACAUAUUUUUGUGAUGUUUAUGCCACCAAAUGUAACGCCUCUUAUUCAACCGAUGGAUCAAAAUGUGCUCAGGCUCACAAAACUUUAUUAUAGGAACCUCCUUCUAAGUUCAAUCAUUACUGGAGAUGAACCGGUAGGAUCUGCCCUCAACAAACUCACACUAAGUGAGGCAAUGAUGAAUUUAGCUACAGCAUGGAACAAGUUGAGCCCUCAGAAAAAGCUCACUGGGACGAGAGGUAUGGAGUCUGUGGUUGAACAAAUAAUUUCUCUGCUUCAAGCUCUACAGCCUAUGGAAUACUCAGGUCAAGAUAUAGAUGAAUGGAACAGAGAUGAAGAUACUAAUCUAGAAGAGUGCAACGAAUCUGAAGAAAGUGACUGA